UUUGAUUAAUAAUCGAGAUACUUCAUUUAUAAAUUGUCCAAAUUGUCGAUACGAGAUAUCAGAAGAUAAAAUCGAAAAUAUAGUUAAACAAAUUAAACUACAAAAUGAAAUUCGAAAAAAAAGAAAACGUAAUAUUACAAACGAAUUAAAUAAUUUAAAAAUAGAAGAUUUUGAUAAAAAACGUGAAGACGAAAUUAAAAUACUUCAAACUAAUAUAAAACGAAGAAGAACUAGAUUAAUGAAUGAAUAUAAAAAAAAUUUAGCAAAUUUGAAUAAUGAUGAACAAAAACAAAUUGAUAUAAUAAAGAAAAAAUAUAUUCAAAAAAAAGCAGAUAUAGAUGAAAGAAUCAAGAAAAGAGAAAACGAAUUAAAAUUAGAAGAUAAUUUUGAAGAUGUGAUCGAAGAAGAAAUUACUGCCAAAAGACAAAGAAGAAAUACUGAAGAUAUUGUAAUACUCGAUGAAGAAAUUAGAAAUAAC